UGUGAUGCUGCUGAAGAAGUUCCUUCUUCUAAACCCAUGGGAGCUCAGCCAACUGAGCAUCCAACAUUUCCAGCCAACACACCGCACCACCCGCACCCUGCAAAACCAUGCAAGAAAGGCUGCCAUUUUGUGCUCUCCGACCGAGCAAAGGUAACGGUGGCCUUAUGUCUGCCAAUCAACCGGUGAGACUCACCAUGGUUAUGCUAUUAUCAUUGUCGUCGCUGCUAAUUUCUUAUGGAGUUGGCGAAAUCUGUUGCUCCACAGUCCCUGGUUAUAACAGCACAGAUCUGCUCUCGUUGCUGGAUUUCAAACGGGCCAUCAUCAGCGAUCCAAGGCAGGCCUUAAGCUCUUGGCACGCCGGCAUCCCGCACUGCCAGUGGGAGGGUGUCACCUCCAGCCUGACGCACCCGGGACGAGUCACCGUGCUGAACCUGGGUGAACUAAGCUUGUCGGGCCCGGUUUCCCCCUCCGUCGGGAACCUAACCUUUUUGAAGAUACUGAACCUGACUAUGAAUGGCUUCAAUGGAGAGUUGCCUCCUCUCGACCGUCUCCACAAACUGCAACAACUUCUGCUGAGAGAUAACUCUUUCCAAGGAACCAUUCCAGACACCAUUACCAAUUGUUCCUACCUAGAGACCAUAGACCUAUCCGGCAACUUCUUGAUUGGUAAGAUUCCCCUCAAUAUAGGCUUGCUCUCCAACCUAUAUGUUUUACGAAUUUCCAAAAACAAUCUCACCGGCACGAUCCCGCCAAGCCUGAAAAACAUCAGCCAGUUACUACUUAUCAGUCUCGCAGAUAAUCAGCUCACAGGAAGCAUUCCCGAGGAGAUAGGACAAUUUCCAAAUAUGUGGGGUUUGCUACUAGGCGGUAAUAGGCUAUCAGGUGGAAUCCCAGCAACCUUGUUUAAUCAGUCGUUUCUCCAAAUAUUAGACUUAGGUUUCAAUAUGAUGACAGGGAAGGCAUUGCCAUCUAACUUUGGUGAUACGCUUCCGAGUCUCACAUGGCUUGGAUUAAGCUCUAACAAACUUGAAGGUCAUGUCCCAGUUUCGCUAGGCAAAAUUUCAGGCCUAGAAACGUUGGACUUAUCAUUCAACAAUUUCAGUGGCCACGUUCCAAUUUCUCUUGGUAAUCUUAGUGGAUUAACGUUACUAAAUCUACGUUUCAACAAGUUCAAUGGUUCCAUUGAAGGAUGGUUUGGAAAGCUAAAAAAUAUGACGGUUUUAGGUCUUGAAGAAAAUAAUUUCACUGGGCCAAUACCAUGCUCUAUUGGUGAUCUUACUAAAUUGAGAAAGCUCUAUCUAGCAAACAAUGAGUUUGAAGGUCCGAUAUGUUCGUGUUAGCGCAUGUGUCGUGAGUUGUAAACCCGGUGGGAUUUCCUGCCUGGGUCGCGUUGUGUCGGAUUCCAUUUGGAGUCGUAUUGGGCGCGGAUGGGUGCCUUGUAAACUCUUGCAACCAUAACACGAUCAAAUUCAUAUCAUAGUA